AAAGUUCCCCUAUUUCAACCUAGAUCUAAAAACAAACUAAUUGCAAGAUAUAAAUGAAAAUUAACAAAUAUUCCCAUAAUACCCUCUCAACAAACCUCACUCUCCCCAACCGCAAAGUCGGCGUUCGCAUUUCCUCCCCAUCUCCUUCCUCGUUCCAUCUUUCCCCUUUCCCUUCAUUCAAUGCCUCCUUCCCUUAAAUCCUCUCUCUCACUCCCCCAUCCCCAACUCUAACCCUAACCCUAACCCUAACAAUGCCUCUCCUCCUCUUCCUCUUCCUAUGCCUCUCCUCUUUACCUUUCCUCUCCCUCGCCGCCGUUCCAGCAAUCAUCGUCUUCGGCGACUCCACAGUCGACACGGGCAACAACAACGCCAUCCCCACGCUCCUCAAGAGCAACUUCAUGCCUUACGGCCGUGACUUCCUCGGCAAACCCUACCCCACUGGCCGAUUCAGCAACGGCCGCCUCGCCAGCGACUUCUACGCCGAGGCCUUCGGCCUCGGCCCUAUUGUUCCUGCCUAUCUCGAUCCUGCCUAUACGAUGAAUGACUUCGCCUCCGCCGUUUGCUUCGCCUCCGCCGGCACCGGCCUUGACAACGCCACCUCCGACGUGCUGGUGAGUUCUCCGAUCCUUCAUGCCCAUCAGGUGUUUGUGCUUUUGCUUCAAUGGGUUUUGUUUGUUUUAAUGCGCCUACUCACUGCGCGUCAUGCUGCUUGCCACAGCUGCGCGUGCAGAGUGGCGGAUUGCUGUCUCAGACAUGAGGUGAUGUUGAGCAUGUGGGUGCGUGCCAAGCAGGGUUCUUUGAGCUUGGGUAAACAGCAUGAUCACAAAUCAAAUUCUGAAGGGCCUUUGGGUAAACUUCAUGCUGACUGUGUGAAGCGUAGGACUUUCCGACUUAGGAUUGGAGAAAGCCAUGGUGAUGAUGGUAUACGGUUCCUCGCCACCAACUUCCAGCCCUACAAUACCCAUGAGGCUGCCAGCGAGCCAGAGUCUCUCUAG